CCAGCUUCUUCGGCCUAAUACUCUUUUAUAUUUCAAUUUCUUAAAACCCCAAUAUAUUUAACCCCAGAUUGCCAUAUUCAACAGCAAUAAGGAUAAGGACAAAAACAAAAACACAUUACAGCAUUAUUAGGUACAUUUAGGACCUUAACCGUAAUAAUACGAGUAAUGGAUAAGAACAACACUGCCCCUGGACAUUUACAGACCGGGAUAACUCAUCAUAUUCUUGGCGACCAAAUCCACGGUCCACUUCAAGCAAUCCCGGAAAGUCUUGCGAACGUCCGAGGAAAUCAAGUAAAUAAUCAAGAGCUUUUUGCAGACAUCCGAAGAGAUCGGCUAGCUUCUAAUCACCGCCAUAUAAAAUUCAAGAACAGUCUUACACGUUCUAUAAACAAACUAGAGUUCUAUCUAGACCCUGAGUGGUGUUCUUUGCUCCCUUUGCAAAGUCUAGCAACUGGACAGGUCAUCCGCAAUUGUCCUCGAAGCGUCGACGCUAUAAUGGUAUUACGCACAACACAAGCCAGGCGUAUACUUCGGGAUUUACAAGUCCCUGAAUCGGCCGUCCUAGAUGAGGAGUUACGAAGAGCUGUUCUGAAGGAAUUUAUCGGCUUUUGUCCCAUCGGAUUCUAGAAGAGUUCUUCAGAAUACCUGCCUGCAUACAAGGCAUAAGAGAGGUAGUUAAUAUCAGAGUGAACCCUCACCAAGCCUUUAAAUAAACAUAACGAAUUCUUCCUACUCUUAUGUCGGGUGUUGUGCUUGUGAUAAGUAUUUUCCUACGUAGGAAAAAGGUACCUGUUAGCCAAAUAAAUAUAAUGAGUCUUAUCUUAUCGCAAUGUAGC